UACUGGAGCUGUCAGUCCACUGCGAGUUUUUUUUUCACCUCUAGCUAAAUGCCCAGACUUGUAGUGGCUCCGCUUUGUCAGGUGGACAUCAGGAGAGACAGAGCCGUAUCAAUGCACUAAUUAGUUGAAAAAUGAUAAUCUUUAUGAAAGAAAUGGAUUACCCUCUCAGAAACCAAUGUCAGCGCGUCCAGAACCAGCCGAGAGGGGGCAGUGCGGAUAGGAUAACUUGUUUACUGCGAUUCAACAUUCAGAAAGAAGUAGCUAGAACAAUAGAGGAAUGUGGUGACGAAGGUGAACGCUGAGAAGGAGCGGGUGUCGCUGCGGUGCAUGAAGGCUCUGGGCAAUAGGGGGGGUGUGGACGCCGUGUCCCAGCAGAUGGCCUCUCACCCCCAGUACCUGGAGAGCUUCCUCCGCACCCAGCACUACAUCCUCCACAUGGACGGCCCGCUGCCCCUGCAGUACCGCCACUACAUUGCCAUUAUGGCUGCAGCGCAGCAUCACUGUGGCUACCUGGUGUCUCUGCACUCGGCCCAGUUCCUCAGGGUGGGGGGCGACCCGCUGUGGCUACAGGGGCUGGAGGCCGUCCCCCCUCGCCUGCAACACCUUGACCAACUCAACAAGGUUCUGGCCCACCAACCCUGGCUCACCGCCCGCUCACACAUACAGGCGUUGCUGAAGACUGGGGAGCAGUGUUGGUCUCUGGCUGAGCUGGUUCAGGCUGUGGUGCUGCUGGCCCACUGCCACUCCCUUUCUAGCUUUGUGUUUGGCUCUGGCACCGACACCGUCCCCCUCCACAUAGCCCCCAACGGCACCCCCCCGGGCUACUGCCUCUGUGACGCUGCCAACGGCAAUGUCAGCGCGCCUCCGCCUCUCACCACACCCUCGGAGCACACCACACGACGAUGGUCUCUGGACUCCAGUUGUGAGAUGGUAUGUCUGAAAGAGAGGAUACAGAAGUCCCAGGAGGAGAAAGAGAGGAAGGGGGAGUGCGUCCUACACACCCAGACACUCCAGCACACAGAUGUGGAAGAUGAGGAGGAGAUGAUCUACUCAGCAGACCCCUCUCGUUUCAUAACAGACCCUGAGUUCGGCUAUCAGGAGUUUGCCCGCAGGGAGGAAGACCACUUCCAAGUAUUCCGGGUGCAGGACUACUCCUGGGAGGACCACGGCUUCUCCCUGGUCAACCGGCUGUACUCGGACAUCGGGCACCUGCUGGACGACCGUUUCCGCAGUGUCACGGCGCUCCCCUCGUCCCACGGGCCUGACCUGAAGAGAGCCAUCUGGAACUACAUCCACUGUAUGUUGGGAAUUAGGUACGACGAUUAUGACUACGGGGACGUAAACCAGUUGCUGGAGAGGGAGAUGAAGCUUUAUAUCAAGUCUGUGGCCUGCUACCCUGACGCCACCAAGACCCCGCUGUGUCCCCUGCCCUGGGCACCACUCAAACCUUCCGAGAGGAUCCAUGUGAACUUGCUUAUAAUGGAGGCUCGGUUACAGGCUGAGCUUCUGUAUGCUCUGAGAGCCAUCACCCAGUACAUGAUAGCUUAGGUCGGUUGGCGGGAGGGAGGCACCAUGUUCAUCACCAACGGUACAGAAAGACCAAGCCAGAAGGCCGCAGGGUGGGAACCCCCUUACAGCAGGCAGGGAUAUGGAGAAGAGACUGGCAAUUCUGAGGAGGAAGCGUUGUGCAACUAUCUGUCCUAUUUCUCCGUUAAAAAUGGGACAAAAAAUAUAAUGCAAUCAUUUAAGAUCUAGUGGAAAGCUAUUUUCCAAAGUCAAAACACGCAACGCAAUUCCUCUCUUCCCUUCACUUUGCCUGCUCAUUUUCCACUGUGCAAGGGGGUGGUCUGUCCACUUCUCAUUUAAUGUGUUUUCCUCUUACAAAAUGUCUCUGCUCUUGAUGGUUAAUGUGCAAUUAUAUUACUAUUAUUACAAUAGAUAUGAAUUAUUUUCAUUUUUAUUCAUGUUUGUCUCAAUUCUGGGAUGAAAGCAGACAUUUGGUUCUGCAUUGUAGCAAAGAGAUACGUACCCAUGGCCAACACAAUAACCCAUUUCUUGGUUUGUGAUUAGUCUUUAGAACUUUACAUUUGUUCUAAACAAAUUGUUUAUCCUUCUUGGAUUGAGUGGAUGUUUUGGAGAUAUUGCCAUAAUUUGUCUUGUUAGUCCCUGCCAGUGUUGGUGUAGGUAGUUGGUGAGGGUGAUGGACAGUUGUUCAUUGUAGCUCUCUUAACAUUUUGCGUUAGUACUGUAAGGUCAAAAACAAAACCAAGAUGCUGCAAGACGAUAUCACACGACUAUAGUUUAUUUUAAAAGCACUUUAUUUAUAUAUAAAACAAGGUAGCUCAGUGGCAGAGAUGGAGGCCAAAGUUGGUCCGAGUCUUUCCUUUCCGCUGUAUGGCGUCUGAUAGAAAGGAUCCUUCUUGGGUCUCUCUGUAGUUAGAUCAGCUGAUCUCCAUUCCUACAGUCACUACAUAGUCCCAGAGCAUUCUUGUGUAGGUGGAGUAGUGCAGGGCUACACAGGGUCCUACCAGAGGCCAUGGCCCCAAACCUGAAGGAGAUCACAAUUCACUUCAUUAUCUUAGAUAAAUCUGAAAUUGCUACAACUAUUUAAAAACAGAUUUUAACUUUAAUAUACACAGGGGUGGCCAAAGUAAUGUUUUGUAGAGUGACGCUCAGCCGUAUGACUGUCAGUUGUUAUAUUGAUGUGCUCUGGCAUAGAUCAAAUGAAGGAAUCUCCAUUUCAAGGAAACCUCAACCAUCCCUAAAACUGCAUUGGUCAGCAGCACUCUGAACUGGAAUAUUGCAACAAAAAAAGUCACCAAAAGUGACCUGCACUGGGUUUUGAAUUGCUGUUAAACAUACUCUACUAUGCUACAGAAGAUGUAGACUACAGAUCAAAUGUCAUCAGUGGUCUGUGUAUGAUCUUGUGCAUGUGACAAGUAGGUUUGUCUUUCAAUUAUUUAUUUGGUGAGCUUUAUGACCUAAAAUAAAGAUGCUGAUGCAUGGUACAAUUUGCAGAGCAGAACAAUAUGGGUACUAAAAACUAGAUUUUUACCUUAUUGAAUAUUUUUUUUUGACACUUUUUGUAAUCUUUGCAUCACAGUACUAUGAUUGUUGAGCCCUUUGUUCAGUUGCUGGGUUCGCUGCUAUAUCCUGCCUGUUGUGCUGCACCCUGAAUAUUUCAGAGGCAGUGAGGUUGACGACUCUCUUAAUGGGCUCGACCGUUUUAAAUGACGGAGGGAAAUUAAGAAAGAAGGAAGUGCAUAUCAAUAGAUGCAAAAGAAGCGCUUUCUAGUGCAGGUGCCUUUAGGCCAAACUGGACUGGUGCUUGAGUGGACAGGCUAGUCUACUCUGGGUUGAGUGUGGGCCUCAUUCGAGCAGACUGCUACUCUGGUUCCUCUGGAGCAGUGUUCUGUGGCCCAUCUAGAACUCCCUGUGCCAUCACCGCUGGACACAUGGACGGUUACUCUACUUGGAAGUACUACAGUCCUCAUUGGCUCCUUGUCAACACCUCUAUGACAUCGUUAUGGCUCCAAAUGCUGAAGCUUCUGACCACCUGGCCAAGGAACUAAACGAUAGAGCCACUGACACAAAGUUGGAUGUUACAGUUGUUCAAUAUUUACCACGUAAAUGAAUGGACAAUAUAAUAAAAUAAAAAUGUAAAACGUAAGUGGAAAAAAAAGCAAAAAAAUAUGUUUUUUGGAAAUGUGAACUUAUUUUUUUCUAUAAAGAUGUUCUAUCAAG